GCGGGGGCGGAGCCGCGGCGGCGGCGGCAGGGAACGCGGGAAGUCCGGAUCCCCGCGCGCGGCUGAUCGAGGAUGAAUGUGGAGCGCGAGCUUCGUCAGCUGAGCAAGGCCAAGGCCAAGGCCCAGAGAAGCGGGCAGCUGCGGGACGAGGCCGCCCUCUCCCACCAGCUGGGGGAGCUCCUGGCCAGCCAUGGCCGCUACGCAGAGGCCCUGCGAGAGCACCAGCAUGAGCUACAGCUCCUGGAGAGCAUCGAUGACCCUCUGGGCUGUGCCGUGGCCCACCGCAAGAUCGGAGAGCGACUGGCUGAGCUGGAGGAUUACUCAGCUGCCCUGAAGCACCAGCACCGCUACUUGGAGCUGGCCCGUUCCCUGUCUAAUCAUACUGAGCUGCAGAGGGCCUGGGCCACCAUUGGCCGCACUUACCUGGACAUCUAUGACCACUGUCAGUCACAGGACGCCUUGCUGCAGGCACAGACUGCCUUUGAGAAGAGCUUGGCUAUUGUGGACGAGAAGCUGCAGGGGACGCUGACCAAGCGAGAGCUGAGUGAGAUGAGGACCCGCCUCUACCUCAACCUGGGCCUCACUUUCGAGAGCCUGCAGCAGAUGGCCCCGUGCAAUGACUAUUUCCGGAAGAGCAUCUUCCUUGCCGAGCAGAACCGCCUCUACGAGGACCUAUUCCGUGCUCGCUACAACCUGGGUGCCAUCCACUGGCGCCGAGGGCAGCACUCCCAAGCCAUGCGCUGCCUGGAGGGGGCCCGUGAGUGCGCACGUGCCCUGAGGAAGGAGCUCAUGGAGAGCGACUGCUGCGUGCUCAUCUCGCAGAUCUUCCAAGACCUGGGGGACUUUUUGGCUGCCAAAAGAGCCCUGAAGAAAGCCUACAGGCUGGGCUUUCAGAAGCCUUUGCAGAAGGCAGCGAUAUGCCGGACCCUUAAAUAUGUGCUGGCAGUGGUCCAGCUGCAGCAGCAGCUGCAAGAGUCGGAGGCCAGUGACCCCCGGCGUGCCAUGGGCAUCUGUGAGCAGCUGGGGGACCUGUUCUCUAAGGCAGGCGACUUCCCCAAGGCGGCCGAGGCCUACCAGAAGCAGCUGUAUUUUGCAGAACUGCUAAGCAGGCCGGGGCCUGAGCUGGCCGUCAUCCACGUGUCCCUGGCCGCCACCUUGGGAGACAUGAAGGACCACCGCCGGGCCGUGUCCCACUAUGAACAGGAGCUGAGGCUGCGUGGUGGCGACGCCCUGGAGGAGGCCAAGACCUGGUUAAACAUUGCGCUAUCCCGAGAGGAGGCCGGCGAUGCCUAUGAGCUGCUGGCACCAUGCUUCCAAAAGGCUCUCAGCUGUGCCCAGCAGGCCCAGCGGCCCCAGCUGCAGAGGCAGGUCUUACAGCACCUCCACAGCAUGCAGCUAAGGCUGCAGCCCCAGGAGGCCCCUGGCACUGAAGCCAGGCUGCAGGAGCUGAGCGUGCCCAGAGACCAGGAGGAGGACGAGGAUAAGGAGGAGGAGGGUGAUGGUGACACCCCCGAGGCCAGCGACGUGGAGCUCUCGGAGAGUGAGGGUGAUGCUGAGGGCUGGUCCCAGCAGCUGGAGGAGGACGAGGAGCUGCGGGCCUGCCUGGGCCGGCAGAGGGUGAACAAGGUGAGGACGGUGUGGGGGUACUGCGUGUGUCCCUCCCAUGCUUGCCAGGACUGCCUGGUCCCCUCACACCUCUGCUUCCUGUCCUGGGACAACUGUCCACAGUGGAACCGGCGUAAUGACGUUGGGGAGACUCUGCUACACCGAGCUUGCAUCGAGGGCCGCCUGGGUCGUGUCCAGGACCUUGUAAGGCAGGGCCACCCCCUGAACCCUCGGGACUACUGUGGCUGGACACCCCUGCAUGAGGCCUGCAAUUACGGGCAUCUGGACAUUGUCCGCUUCCUGCUGGACCACGGGGCUGUGGUAGAUGACCCAGGCGGCCAGGGCUGUGAAGGCAUCACCCCUCUGCACGAUGCCCUCAACUGCGGCCACUUCGAGGUGGCUGAACUGCUCAUUGAACGGGGAGCGUCAGUCACACUCCGAACCACGAAGGGGCACAGCCCGCUGGAGACACUGCAGCAGUGGGUGAAGCUGUAUGGCAAGGAUCUGGACAGCGAAACCCGAGAGAAGGCUGGUGCCAUGGAGAGGCUGCUCCGGGCGGCCCCCUCAGGCCGAGCUCCCCACGGCUCCCAGGCUCCCCACGCUCUUCCACGUAACCAUCUGUUUGACCCUGAGGUCUCUCCUCCCUCGAGCCCCUGCCCAGGACCCCCAGAGACCUCUCAGGCUCGUGCUAGGGUCUCUCUGGGGCAGACAGUUCCAGCUGUGACCAGGCCUCGGAGGAGCAGGCACAAACUGGCCAGCAGUAGCAGCUCAGAGGGUGAGGAAAACCCAGGCCCCCCCCGACCGAACCAGAAGAGGCCUCGGCAUUCUGUCCAGCCACAACAGGACAAAGCCUGCACGCCCGGAUCCACCAGCAACCGGGAGGCGGCGGCAGCAAGUGCUCCCUGGGUGGGCGUCCGAGGCGUGGGCAGUGCCCAGAGCUGCCACCUGGGGUCCGGCCCACCUUGGGGUCCAGGCGAGGCCACCCUGCAACGGCCAGCGCUCAUCCCUGAAGAGGAGUGUCUGGCCUCAGACUGGCUGGAGGACGACUCACCACUGUUCCACAGCCGCCAGGAUGGCCAUCUGCCCCGCUCCCCAGGCAGUGGUGACAGUACCGGUCGUAGUGCCUCGGGGUCAGGCAGCAAGAGCUCCAGCAGGCCCCGGGCCCGGGCCAGGCAGAGCCGGCUGCACCGUCUCAGGAGUUGCGGUGCACUGGUCAGGGCAGGUGGAGACGGUAGCUCGGCUGCAGAGCCUCCAUGGAGCCCAGGUGUCUCCAGGGCCUCGGGGCCCAGUGGGGAGAAGAGCCCUGUGGCGGGCCAGCCCUCGCAGGGUCCGUCUUUGCCCCCUCCCAUCCGGGUGCGAGUGCGAGUUCAGGACAGUCUUUUCCUCAUCCCCGUCCCACACAGCAGGGAGGUCCACUCUGUGGCCUGGCUGGCUGAUCAGGCUGCCCAGCGCUACUGCCAGGCCUGUGGGCUGCUGCCGAGGCUCGUCUUGCGAAAGGAGGGAGCCUUGCUGGCCCCACAGGACCCCAUCCCUGAUGUGCUACAGAGCAACGAGGAGGUAUUGGCUGAGGUGACUUCGUGGGACCUCCCCCCGCUGGCUGACCGCUACCGCAGGGCCUGCCAGAGCCUGCAGCAAGAGGAGCACCAGGAGGUGCUCCAGGCCAUGGAGUGCCAGGGCUCAGGGCCCUCAUUCAGCGCCUGCUCCCUGGCCCUGCGCCAGACCCAGCUCACCCCACUGCUGCGGGCCCUGAAGCUGCACGCGGCUCUCCGGGAGCUGCACCUGGCAGGGAACCGGCUGGGGGAUGGAUGUGCUGCUGAGCUGCUGGCCGCCCUGGGCACCAUGCCUGGCCUGAUUCUCCUUGAUCUCUCUUCCAAUCACCUGGGCCCUGAAGGCCUACGCCAGCUUGCCACAGGCCUCCUGGGGCAGACCACCUUGCAGAACUUGGAGGAGCUGGACUUAAGCAUGAACCCUCUCGGGGAUGGCAGUGGUCAGGCCCUGGCAUUCAUCCUGCAAGCCUGCCCCUCACUCAGUACCUUGCAUCUCCAGGCCUGUGGCUUUGGCCCCAGCUUCUUCCUGAGCCACCAGGCAGCCCUAGGUAGUGCCUUCCAAGAUGCCAAGCACCUGAAGACACUGUCUCUGUCCUACAACAUCCUGGGCACCAGUGCCUUGGCCCAGGCCCUGCAGAGCCUGCCUGCUCACACCCUCCAGCGCCUGGAGCUUAGCUCUGUGGCAGCUAGCAAGAGUGACUCAGACCUCGUGGAGCCUGUGGUCAGAUUCCUGACUAAGGAAGGCUGUGCUCUGACUCACUUGAGCCUGUCUGCAAACCACCUGGGCGACAAGGCGGUGAGAGAACUGAGCAGAUGCCUUCCUCUUUGCCCCUCACUCAUUUCACUGGACCUGUCUGCCAACCCUGAGAUUGGCCGUGUUGGCCUGGAGGAGCUCCUGUCUGCCCUCCAGGUGCGGCCCCAAGGCCUCAGUUUCCUGGGCCUGUCAGGCUGUGCUGUCCAGGGCCCCCUGGGCCUGGGCCUCUGGGGCAGGAUCACUAAGCAGCUCCAGGAGCUGCAGCUGUGCAGCAGACGCCUCUCCACCGAGGACCGUGACGCCCUGCGCCAGCUGCUGCCCGGCCAGCCUGGAAGUGCGUGCACACUGGACCGAGGGCCCCAGCUCUUCUACCGGCGCCUCUGACAGGCGGCGCUGCCCUUGCCCUGCAACCCACCCUCGCCUCAAAUAAACGAUCGCCGCUGCUGCCUCCA